AACCUAUCCAUUCCUCCCCCACCCCACGACCUCUCCUCUCCUCUCCCUCCCAGCCGCCGUCAGAUCCGCCAUGCCCACAGCACUCUCUGCUCCACCCAAACCCUACCCACAGCCGCCGCCAUGCUCCGUCACCGGCGACCUCGCCGCCGCCACCCCUCUCCCCUUGCCCUAUCUCCAUACCGCACGCGAGGGAGGGAGGGAGGCCCCAAAUCGAAGCGAGCAGCAGCUUCCGGUUCCAGAUCGAGAGGGGCCCCAAAUCCUCACCUUCCUCUGCCCCUUGGCUCCUCUGUGUCGCCCUACCCCUCGGCUCCCGCGACGCCGAGCCGGACGGGAGGAGCCACCGCCCCACAGCACGCGCGCGCCGGUAGGGCGAGGGGAUCGAUGGCGAAGCUGUAUGUGCAGGCGGUGCCCCCGCCGGAUCUGAACAAGAACACCGAGUGGUUCAUGUACCUGGGGGUCUGGACCACCUACAUCUUCAUCCUCUUCGUCUCCUGGCUCCUCAUCCUCUCCAUCUUCGGCUGCACCCCCGGCAUGGCCUGGACGCUCGUCAACCUCGGCCACUUCGCGAUUACAUACCACUUCUUCCACUGGAAGAAGGGAACUCCAUCUGCAAGAGAAUCCGUGAAGAAGAGCAACGACCAGAUCCUCGCCUUCAACAAGGUGUGAGGAGGAGCCUGUGGCUGAGACUGCAUCAGCACAGAUGCUGCAACCCAUCACAGCGAGUUCCUCGGCCUCUGUUACGGCCGAUGCAGCAGUAACUCAGGACACCAUUCAUGCCACGCUGCCACUUCUACAUUUUCUUUCUCUGUUCUAGUUACUUAUGUGAUUUAUUCCUGGUACUUGUUGCUGUUGUAUUCUGAUUACUUGUUGUGACCGGUAUUGAGAGAUUUUGGUGGUUGCUUUGAGUACAUUUAA